AUGGGACAGAGCUGUAUGAAUAAAAAGAAAGAAUUAAAUGACCCUAUGCUUCUAUCUAUCAAACCUAUAAAUAGAACCAAAAAACCAACUUGGGAAUUGCAUUAUAACGAGGGCAGACCUGAAACUCAGGAAGAUCUUGACUUUGACAUUGAAACAAGAAUUCUAAAAAAAAAAGAAGUCCGUUUCGCUACUCCUGAAAAAGGCGGACACUCCUUCUCUCAAGGAGUGAAGUACCAAAAAGAAUUGUUAAUGAAAUAAAUGUUCGGCGACAUGUUUGCAAGGAAAAAGUAUAGUUUAAUACGAUCCGACAGGGUAUUAAGAGAAAAAGAAUACCACAACAGAAUCAACCAAACUUAAAAUGUAGACUUCAGUUUUUCUCCAGGGAAAUUGUCACUUAAAUAAAUUAAUAUUGACCCUUCCGAUCAAACCUCGAGUUUGAAGGAAGAAGUUAAAUCUCUCAAAUCUUUUAAAUCUAAUAGUUAGCCUUAAUCAAGCAUUUUGAAGCAAAAAAGCAACAAAGCCAAAUCACAUUAUUCUGGAUCGAGAAGAAGUGUUAGGUUUCAAUUUUGA